CACGUUCGAGAUACCGAGAAAACGAUAACUUCCUUUUCGGGAUUAUGAAUGGAAAAGCUGAUAUUUUAUGUGUCCCGUAAACCUCAGAUUAUAAAAUAUUAUCCGAGAGGUUUUUUUAAAACGAGCUAAGUUAUAAAGUAGUUCAAGAUGUCUGCUAGCGCUGUGUAUGUCCUGGAUUUAAAAGGAAAGGUCCUGGUGUGCCGAAAUUAUCGGGGAGAUGUGGACAUGUCCGAGAUUGAGCACUUCAUGUCCCUUCUGAUGGACAAAGAGGAGGAGGGGACGCUCUCUCCAAUCCUGGCUCACGGCGGAGUCCGUUUUAUGUGGAUCAAACACAAUAAUCUUUACUUGGUUGCAACAUCCAAGAAAAAUGCCAGUGUCUCACUGGUUUUCUCCUUCUUGUAUAAAAUUGUCCAGGUGUUUUCGGAGUAUUUCAAAGAGCUGGAGGAAGAGAGCAUUAGAGAUAACUUUGUCAUCAUAUACGAGCUGAUGGAUGAGCUGAUGGACUUUGGUUACCCUCAAACCACCGACAGCAAGAUUCUGCAAGAAUACAUAACCCAGGAGGGGCACAAGCUAGACACCGGUGCCCCACGACCCCCCGCCACAGUCACUAAUGCCGUCUCCUGGAGGUCAGAGGGUAUCAAGUACAGGAAGAAUGAGGUCUUCCUGGACGUCAUUGAGUCAGUCAACCUUCUGGUUAGUGCCAAUGGGAAUGUCUUGCGUAGUGAGAUUGUUGGCUCCAUUAAGAUGCGUGUUUUCCUGUCUGGGAUGCCAGAGUUGCGUCUGGGUCUAAAUGACAAAGUUCUGUUCGAAAACACGGGACGAGGGAAGAGUAAAUCAGUUGAGCUGGAAGACGUCAAGUUUCAUCAAUGUGUCCGCCUGUCUCGCUUCGAGAACGACCGAACCAUCUCCUUCAUUCCUCCAGAUGGAGAGUUUGAGCUGAUGUCUUACCGCCUAAACACUCAUGUGAAGCCCUUGAUCUGGAUCGAGUCCGUCAUUGAGAAGCACUCUCACAGUCGGAUCGAGUACAUGAUUAAGGCAAAGAGCCAGUUCAAGAGGCGCUCCACAGCCAACAACGUGGAGAUUCACAUUCCUGUGCCAACGGAUGCUGACUCACCCAAAUUCAAGACCACAGUGGGCAGCGUGAAGUGGGUGCCAGAGAACAGUGAGAUCGUCUGGUCAAUCAAGUCUUUCCCCGGAGGAAAGGAGUAUUUGAUGCGAGCUCACUUUGGUCUCCCGAGCGUAGAGGCUGAGGACAAAGAGGGGAAGCCACCAAUCAGUGUCAAGUUUGAGAUCCCGUAUUUCACCACCUCAGGGAUCCAGGUGCGUUACCUGAAGAUCAUUGAGAAGAGUGGAUACCAGGCCCUGCCAUGGGUGCGCUACAUCACCCAAAAUGGAGAUUACCAGCUCCGGACCCAGUAGGCCGCGCCUCGGCAGGUGGACAUCAAGGCGGGGUUGAGUCGAGCCGCUAAUGUGCUGUCAAUGGCAGGUGGCAGUCAGGAGCGCAGAGGACUGUCAGUAUUUACUUUUGUCGUUUAGUUCUGUAUUUGUUAAAGCUCUGUCCAUUCAUGAUCAAUGCAAGUGUUUAGAUGGAGGCUUCAGUAGGUCAAUGGUUGAAGAAAAAUGAAUGAUGUAGACCAAGAAAAGCAGGAGUAACGUUUACAACCACUUUCACACAGCAGAGGUGUUCACAAUCUAUCCCUGUGGGUCAGAUAGACUGAAUGAAUGUUACGUUUCUCAUUUAAAGUUACUGUAAUCACAUGCACACAGGUCAGCAACACUCACUCACUCACUCACUCACAGUAUGUUUUUUGUAUGAAGCUGCCAUGAUUCCUGUUUGCUGAUUAUCUGUAUAUAUUUGCUAAACGAAUUAAAUUCAGUGUUAUCAGUUAAACAACUGUAAAUCAAAACAUUUUUCUUUUUGUAUUAUUACCUCCAUAUGAUGCCAUCGACACAUGCCAAAGCAUCGCCUUCGUGCUUGGUCGUUGUGCUUUUUGGGGGGUUUAUUUGACUCAGCGUUCAGCUUCGCAAAAAAAAAAAAAAUCCAACAGUUGAAGCUGCACUGAAAUCACCCCGACGUCUGCUUUUCUUUUCUCU